GUGGGAUAACCGGAAGCAGCAGGUUGUAGAAAAACAUCGCGGGGGGGUGGCUGCUCAGUUUGAAGUUCACAGUGCCUCCUCUGCUGAUGGACGUUCCGUUUGUCCGUUUUCUGGAGGAACGGGCGGAGGUCUGAGGCAUGGCCGUGUCGCAGGGGCUCGUCUUAGCGUUUCUACUGGAGCGCGGAGGCAAAGUGAGGAACUCUGAGCUGCUGGGCGCUUUCAGAGACUUCAUCAGCUCCAGCGAGCCCGCGGAGAGGAGGAGAAACAGAGACCUGUUCAAGAACUUCGUCAACAGCGUGGCCGUCGUUAAGCAGAUCGACGAUGUGAAGUACGUGGUGGUGAAGAAGAAGUACCAGGAGCUGCUCCAGGCGGGGAAAACGGUGGAGGAGAAACCAGAAAGUCUCGGUUCAGCCCUGGAAACAUCUUCAUCCACAUCCCGCACCGCGACCACCACCCAACACAGCAGCUUCUCCAAGCGCCCGAAUGUUAACUGCUGCAUUGGUCGUGCUGGGAGUUUAUCUAUGAAGCCACAAGUUCAAAUGAGAAGUUCUCCUGAUGGUGAUCCCGGAAUGAUCUCGCCUGCGACAAAGACCAGAACCAGCCUAGAUGAUUCUUUAACUGCUACAGUACUUAAUGUCUCUAAUGGCAGAAUAGGUAAAACAGGGGCUGUUUUUGCUGUUGUGGCAAUAAAAUCUCCACCAUCACCUCAUUUAAAGUCUGAAAAAGUCCACAGCGAGAGGGUGAAGCUCAUCCCCAAAGCACCAGAUGACCUUGCCGCUCAGCAAAAGGUUCCGUUUGGGGUUCUGCCGCAGCCGUUUGCUGGAAAAAGUAGAGCAGUUGGCUGUAACUCAUCAUAUCUGAGUUCAGCUGAAGGACGUCUCUAUAGGUCACUAAGAAGCAAAAGGAGACAUUCGGUGGGACCUAGCUCUCCAGCACCGCCAAGGAGCACCAGAGUGACCAAACCGGGUUCUGAAGCCAAGGAUUUGGCUCUGAUCCCUCUGGAGCAACGAGAACACGACUGGCUGGUAAAAUCAGCAACAGGUUGCUGGGGUCAAGUCUACAGCCUUCUCCUGCAGGACGCUGAGCUGGUGGAGAAGAAGAACUUCAUCUCAGGCUUCACCGUCCUCCACUGGGCUGCUAAGAAAGGAAACAGCAAAGCGGUGCGUCAGAUCCUGGACGUUUCACGGCAAGGUGGCUUGGAGGUUGACGUGAAUGCCAAAAGCCAUGAUGGCUACACCCCUCUGCACAUUGCUGCCAUUCACAGCCAGGAGUCAGUCCUAAACCUUCUGGUGUGCAUCUACAGAGCCAACUGCAACAUCCGUGACAACAGUGGCAAAAAGCCCUACCACUACUUACGCAAAGACGUGUCACCUGAGGUGAGAGAGAUGCUCGGAGACCCUCGCGUUUCGCUUCAGGUUGCAGAACACGGGCACUCGGAUGAUGAUAAGCACUUUUCGGAUGUGCCCAAAGGGCUCAGCACGUUCAGUAAACUGUUUCAGUCCAGUGUGGGGCACAGGAAGAAACCGAGACAUCGUCCAAGCUUCCAUUUCAUCAGUGAUGACCAAGAUGAGAACAGGAGGGACUGCGCUACAUUCAAUCGCAGACCGCUACACUAAAACUAAUGAACUGACCAAAUUAGAUGCACUUGAAAAUACUUUAUUAGUGUAAUUUAGUGUUAUUUAUAGUGUAAUUUAAUUGUAGAUAGUGUGCUCAGAAUAACUAAUGUGUGUGUGGGUUUCUAGAACAGGUUGAUUAGCCUAAUCUGUCUGUCACUUUAAUCUGGACUAUCUCUAAUGUUUAGUCUUUAAGCACUGGAAAGAUUUUUGUGUUUUAAUGUAAUAUGGAAUGGAACAUAUUAGCCACAGAUACUGUAUAACCAUUUUGACUGUAAUGCAUUAGUGAUAUAACAGAAUUAUAUUUAGACAGCAAUAAGAUGGUUCUUCAAUGGUUCUAUUCAGAACCAUGUGUUGUAUAUAGAACCAUUUCAAGCUUGAAGGGUUCUUUGCA